CAUUCUAUCAAAGAGACGCGUGUGCGUAAAUAUGGUUGGCUUGCUACCAUUCAAAAUACAGGUAAAUGGUAGCAGAAAUAUUGAGCUACGAAAAAACGACCAACAAAUCGACAUAUAUAAAAGACUACUUCAGUAAUAAAUGCUUAUAGUAUUGUUCAACUCGCUUAGACUAUCCAUUAAAAUUGAAAAUAACUGUGCUUGAAUUCAAUGUACUUCAGUUUGAUACCCUAAGUCACUUUGAAAAAUUAAUAACACUUGGCCAGCAUGAAAAUUAUUCGUAAAUUAUGGACAUCUGUAAAUAUUCACCGUUUUUAAUCUUCUGUUUGAGAAACAUCGACAAAAAAAAUUUAUUUGUCUAAUAUUGAAGUUUGCCUGAUUAACAGCCUUUAGAUAUAGCUAGAGCUAGGCUAUUUGGUAAUAAACACAAAAUAAAACACCGUUUUCAUAUUGCACCAUUAUUUCGCCAUAUUUUCUUGAUUUAUCUGUUAUUGUUAAUCUUGCAGUUCUAGUCAAAACGAAAUUAGAGAAAACACGAGAUUGUAUCAGCACUGAGUUAUUACCACCAUGUGAUUUAUCUCCUGAUUUCGAAAUUGAAUUCAACCAUUUCCCCUGAUUUUCUACGAAUUCAAUUAUUACUUAGAGUGUUACAGAAAUUACUAAGCAAAUUGGAAAAGCUCUUUUAGUGACAGAAAACGCCGUGAUAUCUUAGCUACAACAAAUAGUCAGAAUUGAAAAAAAAGCUGUUUCUUUUUUGUAGCUGCGAGUUUAGAGAAACUCUUUGAUUGUCGCAGCUAAAACGCCGAAUACUGAUUUGUUAUCUUUAUUAUUGUCAAUUAUUUUUUUAUUUAAAAAAUGCGACGGUGCUUCUAAAAACUUGCAAUGACUCUGUACAGGAAAGACGUUAUAACCGAAAACUCCGAGCAUCAUUGCUCAUUUUCAGUUAAAAAAUUAUCACUUUGGAAAGCAGUUGCUUGUGAGUUUUUCGGUUCCUUCAUGUUAGUUUUCAUAGGCAGUUUGCCCCUUCUUUGUGACAACAACUGGAUCGUUUCUGGAGUGUGUUUCGCCGGAGUUUUGGUCACGCUGAUUCAUAUUAUUGGGCCUACUUCGGGGUGUAAUGUUAGCCCGGCUGUCACUUUGGCUUUUGUGGCUGUGAGGCGAUUGCACCCUAUAAAAGGAUGUCUCUACUUCAUUGCACAAAUGUUGGGCGCUAUUGCUGGAGCCGGUUACCUCUAUUUGGCAGCCCCUUCGGACUGGACGAAGAAGUAUCAGCUGGGUUUGACCUCGUUUGACCCCGAGGAGGUCAACUGGGUUCAAGCUGUGCAGAUUGAGUCAGCUGCUACUCUGCUGCUUGUGUUGUUGAUGCUCGUCAUUUCAGAUCCAGAUGAAAACAGAGAAUUUGAGGGAUUCCCCGCUUUGUCUAGUGGCUUAGCAUUGAUAUCUUGUUUCUAUGCUGCUUACCCCUACACGGGAGCAAGUCUCAACCCCGCCCGCUCUUUUGGACCCGCCCUUCUGACUCUCAAUUUCAAGCAACAAUGGGUCUACUGGAUCGGCCCUUUAACAGGAUCUCUUCUGGGGGUUGUCAUCUAUAAAAUGCUUCUGGUCAAAGGAGUUCCCCGGUGCAGUUCAAAAGAGAGAAGUGUUAGCCUAGGAGGCGAAUCAGAGGAUCCCAACGUCGAGGAGCAGCAACCGAGGAGGAUCCGUCCCGAAGCUUAAGAAACUGAUUAACCUUUUCGAAUUGUAUAAUUAAAUCCCAGCGCAUAAACUAUAUGAGUUUUCCUGAAUAGUGAAACACCUCAACCUCAAAAACAUCACAAGAAAAGAACCGAACCCUACUUUUUGAAGCUGAUCUUUCGCUGUUUUACUGCGCUUUUCGACUGAUUGAAAUUUAAAUUACUUUUUUUUAGUUUGCAACAAGCACACUUUACGGCAGUAUAAAUUCAAUUCCGUUUUAUAACUGUUCUGCGAAAACUAAAAAACACAAAAAUCUCACAAAAAGAGAGCAGGCUUUCGACAUGGAAAAGACGGUGUUUCCUAGGCUACGUAGCCUUUUUUGGCGAGUUCCUGAUGCACGGAGGGGGCUUUUUUCAUGUGCGAAGGACUGAAUGCGCGAAAAUUCUCUACCAACAAACGCUC